UUGGUGGAGGUGGCCGAGGUCACCCGCGUCAACGCCGUCAAGGUGCUGGCCUGCGGGGUGGCCAAAGUCAACUGGAGCAAAGGGCCCCAGCAGUGCAGGCAGGAGAUGGAGUAUUUGCGCUUCGAGGAUGUCCUCACCCUGGAGGAGCAGCCCACUGAUGGGGACGGCUCCGUGAUCCUGAGACCUGGCAACAAAUACGAGUACAAGUUCGGAUUCGAGCUUCCCCAGGGCCCCUUGGGCACUACCUUCAAGGGGAAGUAUGGCUGCGUGGAUUAUUGGGUCAAGGCGUUCCUGGAGCGCCCGUCCUUCCCCACCCAAGAGAUCAAGAAGCGCUUCGAGGUGAUGGACCCAGUGGAUGUGAACACUCCAGAGCUGCUGUCCCCAGUUGCUGCCAAGAAGGAGAAGAAAGUGUCGUGUAUGUUCAUCCCUGACGGGCGCGUGUCGGUCAGCGCUCAGAUCGACAGGAAGGGGUUUUGUGAAGGCGAUGACAUCUGCAUCAAUGCCGACUUCGAGAACACUUGCUCACGCAUCGUGGUGCCCAAGGCAGCCAUCAUCGCCAAGCACACCUACCUGGCCAACGGGCAGACCAAGGUCUUCACCCAGAAGCUCUCCUGCGUCCGUGGCAACCACAUCAUCUCAGGCAUGUCCGAGUCCUGGCGGGGCAAAACCAUCCGUGUCAAGAAGCUCAAACCUUCUAUCUUGGGCUGCAACAUCCUGCGUGUGGAGUACUUCCUGCAGAUCUACGUCAGUGUCCCAGGCUCCAAGAAGAUCAUCCUGGAGCUGCCCCUGGUCAUCGGCAGCCAAAAAACCAGCAUGUCCAGUCAGGCCAGCUCCGAGAUGAGCUGGGUGGACUUGAACCUGCCCGAUGCUCCAGAAGCGCCUCCCUGUUACCUGGACAUUGUCCCUGAGGACCAUCGCCUGGAGAGUCCCACCACGCCGCUGCUGGACGACACCGACAGCUUCGACAGCCCCAUCUUCAUGUACGCACCCGAGUUCAAGUUCAUGCCACCACCCACCUACACGGAGGUGGAUCCCUGCAUCGCCAACAACAACGUGCAGUGA